AUGCCUCCCGACCUCGACCCGUCGCGGCGCGUCGUCGUGCUCUUCAAAGCCACGGGCGACGCGCCGAUCUUGCGUCAGAACAAGGUACGCGUGCGCGCGGACGCGCGGUUCGAGGACGUCGUCGCGCACCUGAGCAAACUCAUCAAGCGCGAGCGCGCGUUCGCGUACCUCGGCGCGGCGUUCACGCCGAGCUACGACGCGCGCGUGGGGGCGCUGUGCGAUGGAUACGGGGAGCGGAACGAUGAGGGCGGACGGUUGGUGGUGUUUUACUCGACGACGCCGGCGUGGGGGUAG